AUGAAAUCAGAUACUAACUGUAUUCGAGAGGAUUACCGCAAGAUAAACACAAAUAUUCAAGAUUUACAUAAAAAACAAGCCAGUCUGGAAAAAGAGAUGAUAUCCCUUCAGGAAUCGACACAAUUUACAUCGGAUGAGCAUAAAAAAAGUAUACAGACACUAUCCAGCACAAACAAAAAUGUUGAGGAAAUGCGCCGUGAAAUUAUUGAAUUGAAAAUUCAGAACACUGUGCUAAGAACAGUUAUCAACUACAAAGAACAAAUGGAGCGUCUUUUGAAUUUAGAAAUAAUUGGUCUCCAUGAGGAUAAAUGCGAGAACCUAACGAAUAUAAUCAUAGCCGUGGGGAACCAAUUUGGAGUCCCGUUGGAGCAUAACGAUAUUAUUCAAGCAAACAGAGUAACACGACACAGUACGAGUGGUGAUUAUAUGAAACAGACGUGUAUUUUGUUGUCCUUAAAAUACAAUUACAGUUUUCCGCUAAAAUAA